CCUCUAAAGUUUGGUAACUCACCCCAGAAAAAUUCAACACUAUUUAUUAGUGUGCCAUUUUGAGUGUAACAUAUGAGAAUGUAGAGUAUUUGUUUCACUUUAUUUUUCUUUUCACUUCAUGCAACAAUUAUGUCUUCUUAUUUUCUCUCUUCAAACUCCAAAAUGCAUACUUUCUCUAUGUUACCUUCUCAUUCAACCCUACAAAUUUCAAACCACAUAACCAUACCCAAGUUUCACCCUUUUCAAUUCUCUCAUUCUCACCAUUUUUCUUCUUCACCACUUAGACUCACCAUUGAUGGAUUUCCAUGCCCAUCUUCUUCUUUGUUUCAAUCUCUUAGAAAGUCUUCACCUUUUCUCAUUUCCACUCCAAAAAUUCAUUCUUUUAGAAUCCUUGCUGCUUCUCUUCCAGAGGGACAGAGUCAUGAACCAACUCAACCUUCUGGUUUUGUUCAAUCUCUACAACUUGGUUUCAUGUUUGCUACUUGGUAUCUCUUGAAUAUUUACUUCAACAUUUACAACAAACAGGUUCUAAAAGUCUAUCCAUUUCCAGCAACAGUUACAGCAUUUCAAUUUGGCUUUGCUUCAUUGGUGAUUAAUUUGAUCUGGAUUUUGAAUCUACAUCCAAGGCCAAACAUUAGAAGAUCACAGUUUGCAGCAAUUCUUCCACUGGUUAUGGCUCAUACAUUGGGAAACCUGUUGACCAACAUCAGUCUUGGCAAGGUUUCUGUUUCAUUCACUCACACCAUUAAAGCUAUGGAGCCUUUCUUCACUGUUGUUCUUUCAUCUUUUCUCCUCGGUGAGGUGCCUACUUUUUGGGUGGUUUCUUCUCUUCUGCCGAUAGUCGGUGGAGUGGCAUUGGCUUCAAUGACUGAAGUUUCUUUCAAUUGGAUUGGAUUCAGCACUGCAAUGGCAUCCAACCUUACGAAUCAAUCGCGGAACGUUAUGAGCAAAAAACUAAUGUCUAAUGAAGAGGAAGCUUUGGACAAUAUCAAUCUCUAUUCAGUUAUAACCAUCAUUUCCUUUUUCUUUUUGGUACCAUGUGCUAUAUUUUUGGAUGGUUUCAAGUUUACUCCUUCGUAUCUGAAAUCUGCGGCAAGCCAAGGAUUGAAUGUUAGAGAGUUAUGCAUAAGAUCAGUUUUGGCUGCAUUCUGCUUCCAUGCAUACCAGCAGGUUUCAUAUGGGAUAUUAGAGAAAGUGUCCCCUGUGACACACUCAGUAGGAAAUUGUGUGAAGCGUGUGGUUGUCAUAGUCUCUUCUGUUAUCUUCUUCCAAAUUCCUGUCUCAUCUAUUAAUGCACUUGGAACUGCUAUUGCACUUGUUGGUGUUUUCUUGUAUUCAAGGGCAAAGAGGAUCAAGCCAAAAACAAAUACAGCAUAAUAACUUAAAAUACUAUAGGAGUAUUGUUGGUAACUAAUUGCUUGUAUAUAUAUUUUUAUAUGCUUCACCAUGCAAAGCCUCAAUUUUCCUGCAAAGUCUCAAUUGUUUGGGAUGAGACUGAACUUACACUCAUUGAAUAAUUUUUUAAGAUAUCUGAGUAGAUAUUUUGAAAUUAAAAUAAUAAAAUGAGUAUGUGUAAUUUUGAUUAUGA